UGAAAAAAAGCAAUGCGCGUUCGCCUGUCGAAUUCAAAUUAUGUGUGUCGUGUGUCGAAGCGGACAAUACAUACGACAUAGCGACGUAAACAAAGUUCUCAGCGAAGAAUGGAACAAAUCGUUAAGUUGCCAUCAUAUACGGCGCAAAACGAUGCAGUGUUUGACGAUGGUAAAAGCUUCCUAAGUAUGGAUUCAAUAAACUAUAGAACUCAGACAAAGAAAUCCUGCGGGACAAAAAAUGACCUUAUUACAUCAGAACUUCUGGACGUGUUUUUGUAUGGAAAACGUAAAAUUCAAGAAAUCGAUUUGGAGAACGCGAAACGACAAAAACUUGGACAAGGCAAAUGUGUUAAGCCAUUAAAAUGGUGUGACUCCUGCCGAAAGCAGCACAACGGACCGUGUCACGUGAGCGAACCGCAAAAAUCCAUACGCCAGGUGGUCGGAAAUUCCAUACACGACAUCGCGCUGACGUACGCAGUCAUGUCGUUUCCUGCCGAAGUUCAACUGUGCACAUCCAGUAUACCUGGAUACAGUUACGGCGUCUCAGCUAAGCUGCCCUUCCCGAUAGGCACUUGGAUAGGGCCGUACGAAGGGAAGCGAGUGAAGGCCGACGAGAUCACGACGAAAUGCGAUUCAAACUACGUUUGGGAGAUUUACGAAGAUGGCAAGUUUUCGCACUAUCUCGACGGAAAUGAUGAAAACAACUCAAGUUGGAUGAGGUUCAUACGCUGCGCUCGGCAUAAGGACGAGCAAAACAUGGUCGUAUUUCAGUACGGUAACAAUAUCUACUACAGAGCAGUGCGAGAUAUUCCCGCGGGCACAGAACUUCUCGUGUGGUAUAACAACAACUAUAACCAGUUCCUUGGAGUGCCGCUCGGCCUGCGCAACGUUCCCGGAUGUAAGAAAGACCAGGACAAAAAUAACUCGGCCCAAACGCGGAAUCCAGUGCCACAGGCUGAAGUUAAGCCAGUCUUGAAGGAAAGAAAUAUCGAGUUGAAUCCCGCAGCAGAAAACUACGCGCAGGCGAAGCCUAUUCCUUACAGCCCUAACAAGAUCCCUGCAACAACGGUGACUUAUUGUUAUUCCGCUAGUAAACCAGCCUUGCAACCAAUCAGUUAUUCCAGUGGAACGCAAGAUAAUAUGAUAAUUUUGGAACCACCAGUCGAACAAAAGCCAGAUUUAAUAAAAGGUGUUGUCACCACGUCACCAGGCAACGAGCACCGUCAGCAACACGUGACGCUCGGCCCCUCACCAAGCAGUGACAUAAAAAGUGUUUUCACCUUUUCCCCAAAGAUUCCAUCACCCUCUGCAUGUUCAACGUCAUCUAUUUCGAUUUCCUGCGAAGAUCGUGGAAGUCCACGCGGAAAUCACAUGAGCCCACGUGAGAGUCACAAAAGUCCUCGGGAGAACCACGUAAGCCCACGAGAGUAUCAAACAAGUCCAGGCGAGAAUCACGCAAUUCCACGCGGUGAAAUCAGUCCUCGGGCAAACGAAAAUCAAGAUUUCUACAGGCCUCCAGAGAAACCGUACCAAUGCGGACACUGUUCGAAUUCUUUCGCACAACCAUCGGAACUCUCCGCUCAUGUGGUUACGCAUACCAACGACAGACCGUUCAAAUGCGGUUUUUGCGGACGUUCGUUCGCGGGCGCAAGCACGCUUUACAAUCAUAUGCGCACGCACACUGGCAAUCGUGCAUUCUUGUGCAACAAAUGCGGGUGUACGCUGGACACGGCAACGCAGCUCAGCCGGCACAUGAGAACUCCGGGUGAAUGUCCCAAGGCAAUGAAUGCAACACGAGAGAUUACACCCCAGUAUAGUCCAGCAUUGGCCAGGGGAUAAAGCUGGACAUAACGUGAUUGAGUUAAACAAGACGUGUCCCAGUGGAAGCACUGAGGAUUAACCGAAGAUACUCCUUUGACGAAGUAGCGAAUUAAACAACCGAUGAUAUAUAUUACGAAGCGGCUUUGUUGUUCCCUUGCAAUUCGCGUGUACAUUUUGUAUAAAAUGGUUCGGAAACUUGCCUUUGAGAGUCGCGAAAACGCAGGUCAAAAAAUGGACCGUAGACACUAUCCUUUGAGUUUGAAAUAUCUAUAAUCAGAACAAGCUCUUUUAGACUUUUUCUAUCGCUCUGAUGGAAUACCGAGGUUAGCGAGCAACUUUAUCUCAGUUAAACGACCUAACUUUUUGGCGACUUCAAUACUUAUUUUGCUCGUUUAAAUUUUGCUAAACGACUCCAGGAAUUGGGACGAUAACGCAUAACCAUUAGUAAGUUAGUUGAUAAAAUAGUUUGGUUUCGCAGUACCAAGGAACGAACCCUGUAUGGUUGCAGUAUUUACCUGCUCUAUGCAUUAGGCUGAUAUCAUUAUUAGAUUAUGUUGCAGGGUGUAUCAACUAUCAAAAAAUAAGGAAACGCUUAAAGUGGAUGUGAAGUCCGUAUGUAAACAAACGGUUUGUUUACAUUUUGAACUUCAAUACUCUUUAUAUUAUAUCAACUUCAUAUUGUUUCUAAGCACAAUCUGGUGUAAAUGAACCUAGCUCCUGUGUUUGCACACCCGACUUUAUUUAGACAAUUGUGCCGCUAUAGAAUACGACGAUUUCAAACCUCAAAUUCCAGGGACCAAACGACUCUUGUUUUGUUAAAAGAAAGUGAAUAUAAGUGUGGUUGCCCCUUUUUUUAUACACCCUGUACAGUUUUUGUGUGUUUAUGUAUAUAUUUUUCCUCAAAAGCAUACACGGACCGAAAAGCUCAGGAAAAUGACGAAUGUUUCUAAGAGACACUUAAAAUCUAUAAUUAUUGAAACGGCAGGACCGUGUUUGAGAAGUGUGUUGAUCAUAGUUUAUUUACGUUAACAAAAACCAGCAUUACUAGAUUGCAUUUAUUAAUAUAAACCUUGUAGAUUUACUGAAAGAAAAUAAUCGUAAAAAUGCUGAAAAAUAAUAAUCCUAUGCUAGCGAAAAAUUGUAACCCGCCUGUAUAAUAGAAAGUAUAUUGCAUUCUGAGAAGCAA